AUGAAACAAUACAAAGCAAUUCCAGCAUUAAAUGAAUUGGAAUGGAUAAUUGAGCCAUUGCUAGUUCCAUUGAAAAUUUCGGAUUCAACAUUAUCAACUUCGGUGUCAACCUCUUCUCUGUCAUCAUCCAUUUCACAGAAAUUAAUAAGUUUAGAUGCAUUAGGUGUAUGGGAUAUCGAAACCGAUUCAAUAUUAGAACCAUGGAGAUCAGCAUGUUUGUUAAGUUUAUUGAUUAGAGCUAUUGGAUUGACUAAAUUACGCAAUGACAAUACUACUGUUACUACUUCUUCAGUCAACACUCAUAAAAAUAUCAAUAAUAUUGUGAAGAAUGGUAUCAAUACUAAAAAUCCAGGAUUUAACACAUUGAGGAAUAAUUCUAUUGAACAUCUUUUUAAACAAAUUACAUCAAUAUUAUCCAAUUAUCAAAAACGGGUCGAGUUGACUGAAUCUGGUCGAAUAGUCUUCCAAUUUUGGCUUAGUUUAUUCUUCUACGACUUGGCUGUCUACCUCACACCCAAUUGGCUUACGCAUGACAUUAAAUGUCCUUCAGUUGGUACAGUAGAUGUUAAGGAUAAUAAAUCCUCUUUGUUAUCACAAUCGACCACACCUAGUUCAGAAAAUCGUCAUCAGAAUACUUUCAAAUCAGAUUUAUCUUUAAAUCAUUUGUUCGGUGAACUGUCAGCUCCUGAAACGUUGGCAGAAAUUGAAGAAAUUAGAAAAUUAUCGUAUACACUAGCUGACCAAAUAAUUGAUCAAUUAAUUAAAACGACAUAUCAUUCUAUUUCACCGUACAUUUCUGCGUUGUAUCAAUCCUCUCCACAUGAUUCCCCACUUCGUUCACAACCUGACAGAAUUUAUUUUACGUCACCAACUGAAUGGACAUGUAGUCGGUCUGAAUUAUCCAAAUGGUUAGAUCGACUGGCUUCAUGUUUUGAUGCAGCUUUCUAUCCAUCUGGUGGUACACCAAUGUCUGUAUUAAAUGACAAUGAAAAUUUGUCUACCAAUUCUGACUCAGCACAUUCAUUUGUAAGUAAUAAAAGCCAAAAUGGUAUAUUGUUCAAUAACAGAGUAAACAAUCAACAGCAAUAUCGUCGAACGUAUCAACAAUCGAAUCAAUUAGUAUCUAAUUUACAAAAAUAUUCAGAAACUAGUGAUUUGAGUAUAUCAGGUGGUGACUCAGAUAUGGAUAAUGAAUAUUAUUCAGGGUAUAAUAAACCAGUACAAAUGAAAAACCUCAAUGUCCCAGAUGAUGAAGUAUUCUCGACAGAUUGUUCAAAAAAUAAUUCAAUGCAAUCUACAGACCAUAGUUUUUCACAUCAUUCAAUGAAUUCAACAAUGAAUCGUAUAGAGGCUAUAUUUUGGCGUCGAUUAUUAGCUAAUAUUUCUUAUGAAAUACUGAAUACUAUACUUUUUACAGGUACUGUUAAAAUUGAUCAUGAAACUGGUACACACUUACUCAAUGGAAUUAAUUGGUUAGAUAGUUGGCUAAGAAUUCGUAGACUGGAUAAACAUAAACGUCCGUUGAAUAUAUUAAUUCAAGUUGCAAAUUUAUUAGCUACACCUAGAAAACAACUUCUAAAGAUGACUUGGAAUGAAAUGCGAGAAGCUUAUUCUUACAUCCCACCUGCUCUGUUACGAUUUUUAUUGGAAGAAUAUGAGGAAGGAUUCGGUGCACAGAAUGCAAACAGUUGGAGUAUUGAUGAGAAAGAUGCAGCAGUGGUAGACGAAGAUCCUACUGACUUAAUCGAAAUAGCAUUAAAAGGAUGGAGAUCUAAAGAGCGGUUACUUCCAGGAAAAACAUAUGCUAAUCAAUCACCUAUUUAUAAACCUGUGGAUCCGUAUGGUUUGUGUAUCCAGAGUGCUAUGCAGACCUGUAUUAAUCAAUUAGAUGGAAAAUUAUCUGCUAUUCAAUCACCUGUAAUUUAUUUUCGAUGGCAAGAAUUAAUGCGUGGAUUUCCUCCACCAAGGGUUAUGCCACAGAUCCAUAUAAAUCAUAACCAUCCAUUUAAUCGAUCAACAAUACGAAAUAAAUUAGCGAUUGCAAAUCGUAAACGAUUACCAAUACGAUCUAACAAUGGUAGAAUGAGUAUAUCACCUUCAGUGAUGAAUCAAAAUACUACUCUUAUAGAAAAUUCAGAAUUCUCGCCUUUGCCAAAUAAGACACAAACAAGUCAAUUUGACAAUUCAAUGAAACCAAUUGAUAAAACUUCUAAAUUUUCUAAUGAUAUGAAACCGAAACCAUCGAGUGGUGAACCAGUAUGGGGUGGUAGUCAUUCUUCAGGAAUGAACAACCCACAAGAUACUAGUAUGGAUAGUAAGCAAAAAGCAUUAUACUAUCUCAAAGGACUGGCUGCUUCAAUUGGUGGCAUAGAUUUGAUUGCUAAUGCUAAUGGUGAUCAAGAUUUUUUGUCAUCGGAGUCGAAAUAUUCGAAUAAUCUUCAAAUGGGAAGUAAAGUUAAUGACUAUUCACAAGAAAAUGUUUACCACAGUCAAGUGUUUAAUCGAAAGGUUAUCAGCCCUCAUUGGCAAAAUCAAAUGUUAGAGACUAACAGGACAGAAAUUCCAGUAUCUCCUUGGUAUCAUGAUCCUCGACUUCAAGUCCCAAAUGGAUUAUCACAAAGCCUAGGCGAUUUUAAUAAUGGUUUCAGACCCCCUUCAAAUGCUCCUUCACUGAGUCGUCUAAACAUGGAUCAAUUAAAUGAAACGGCUAAUGAUUGGAAACAAUAUCGAAUGUCGUUACUGGGUCAAGGAUUAGACAAAAUUAGAACUUCAAAAGCAGGAUCUAGAUCAGUUACUCCAAGAUUGAUAUCCAAUCGUAAUGUGAGCAGUAGCAUGUCAAAUUUGCCAAUAAAUCAGUUUAAAAUUCCAGAUAUGAUUAUUCAAGAGGCAGCAGAUAAUAUUUCAGAAGUAGUUAGCGAAUUAGAUCGAGGCAGAGAUACAGACUCUGAUGCUAUGAGUUCUGUUAAUUUACUGGAUAUCAAUCCCGAACGAGAACUUAGUGAUGUAUUAACACGUAGUGGUUUGGGAAAUUCUGUUUCAAAUGUAACACUUUAUAAAGAACCAAACUCUGGUUUCGGUUUAGUGUUAGUUGACGGUGAGCGUACUAGCCUUGAUCAACCAGGUAUAUUCGUCAAAUCUGUUGCUCCCAACAGUGUGGCUGAAAUGAAUGGAACAUUUAGACUAGGCGAUCGUAUUUUAGCAAUAAAUGGACGUGAUCUAACAAGCAUGACGUAUAAAGAUGCUCUAGCUCUCUUACGGCAAUGUGUCAAUCAAACAACUUUCACUGUUCUUCGUUGUAAUCUGCCUGACCCAGAAGCUUUGUUGAAACGUAAAGAGAUAUGA